CAUUACGCAAACCAGGAAGAACCAAGGACGUGACGCUAAUUCUUCCAUGGUACACGGUAGCUGUAUUUUACAAUAUCAUAACUGGUACUGUGAUUUUGGCUGGAUCCUUAACAGUCGAAUGUAACUGCUGCUGGUUUCGAGAGCAAUAAGAGAGGCAGUCAGGAUGAGUGGGGCUGCGCUGGGCAUUGAGAUAGUGGUGGUGUUCUUCCUGGCUCUGUUCCUGCUGCAUCGCUAUGCAGACUUCCGUAAGCAGCAGAGGAUGGUGCUGUUUGGCACCUUACUGGCCUGGUACCUGUGUUUCCUCAUCGUCUUCAUUCUUCCUCUGGACAUCAGCACGACGAUCUACAAGCAGUGUAAGAUUGAUCAUGAAGAACAUGCCUCCAUAUCCCUGGUGACCGCACUGAUAUCCAAUCAAACUGCAGGAAACUCCACCACGGCCACACCCACUAAAAGUGUUCCAAAGGUGUGUUACAAGCCGUGGAGCUACAUUCCAGAUGGAAUCAUGCCUGUGUUCUGGAGGGUUGUUUACUGGACCUCUCAGUGUCUCACCUGGCUGCUGCUGCCCUUCAUGCAAUCCUAUGCACGCUCGGGGGGCUUCUCCAUCACUGGGAAAAUAAAGACGGCACUGAUAGAGAAUGCCAUUUAUUACGGGACAUACCUGCUCAUCUUCGGAUCGCUGCUUAUCUACGUGGCCGUUCACCCUCAGUGGCACCUCUCCUGGUAUGAGCUCCAGACAAUAGGCAUCACUGCAGCCAACACCUGGGGCCUGUUCCUGCUGGUGCUGUUGCUAGGUUAUGGCCUAGUAGAGAUUCCGCGCUCGUAUUGGAACGCCUCGCGGCAGGGACACCUGCUCAUCAAGACUUACUUCAAGGCAGCCAAGCUGAUGACAGAGAAGGCUGAUGCAGAGGAGAAUCUAGAGGACGUCAUGGAGGAAGUGAGAAAAGUCCAAGAAUCCAUCAAGUAUAACCACCCACUGAGGAAGUACAUCGAUACUAUUCUUAGAAAGUGUCCUGUGGAGUACCAGGAGAAGAUGGGCAGAAACAUGGAUGACUAUGAGGACUUUGAUGACAAACAGAACACUUAUCCUAGUGAGAAGAACCUGGUGAAGCUUCACAAACAGGUGAUCUACGCAGUGCAGAGGCACAACAGGACCCAUGUCCAGUGGCAGAUCCUCCUGCAGCAGGCUAUGCACCUGGAGGACGUGGCCAAGAAUGAGACCAGCUCAGCCCACCAGUUUGUUCACAGCUUCCCCUCCACAGAACCAACUAGCUGGCUCAGCCCAUACUUAUACACUCCUACUGUAGAGUGGUACUGGGAGUGUCUGCUGAGACAGUGGUUCUACCGGCUGCUGGCUGUGUUGCUGUCUCUGUUCUCUUUGGGUGUGGUGUGGUCUGAGUGCACCUUCUUCAGCACCCGGCCUGUCCUCUCACUCUUCGCUGUCUUCAUCCAGCUCGCUGAGAGAGACUACAACUACUUGUAUAUCGAGAUGGCGUGCUUCAUCACCAUCUUCUUCCUGUGUACCUGCGUUUACUCCACUGUGUUCCGGAUCCGAGUGUUCAACUACUACUACCUGGCCUCACACCACCAGACUGACGCCUACAGCCUGCAGUUCAGUGGCAUGCUGUUCUGCCGUCUGACCCCUCCUCUGUGUCUGAACUUCCUGGGUCUGAUCCACAUGGACUCUGCCAUCUCCCACCAACUGAAGGAGCAGACGGCCUACACCUCUAUCAUGGGUUCUAUGAGGGUCCUAUCGUUCAUCGCUAAUGGCUUCUAUAUCUACUACCCCAUGCUUAUAUUGCUGCUAUGUAUCGCUACCUACUUCAGCCUGGGUACCCGCUGUCUGAACCUCCUGGGCUUUCAGCAGUUCGUGGGAGACAAUGAAAUGACCUCUGACCUGAUUGAUGAGGGAAAGGAGCUCAUUCGACGAGAGAAAAGAAAGCGCCAAAGGACAGAGGAUGGAGAGAACCGGCGAAGGGAGUGGAAGGAGCGUUAUGGUAACACUCGGGAAGACACUGCCAGGAACAGGAAUAGAAAUGAAGCCGCAGAAAUGACGGAGACCAACUACUCUGAUACUGUGCCUAUCCCUAACACUAGUCCUAACAGACAGGUGAAGUACUCUCGGACUGGCAGAGGAACAGAGAGAGAUUCUAUAGAACUUCUCGAGGACGCAGAGCCUUUGGACUUCAAUGCAGAGACUCUUUCAGACGACCCUCUUGAAGCAGACUCCACCAGGCAUGUACCAGGCAGGUACCUGUCCAUGUCCUCGUCACGGAGCAGAAUCUUUGAUGAUGUUUGAGAAGAGUAGCGAGGGAGAGUCGAAGGAAUAGGAAAGCUAAAUAUUGCACAUUAAUUUUCAUCCUCCACUCAUCCACCUUGUAGGGAAGACUACGAAGGAGAGAGACUCUCAGGCUCUGUGAAUGUAGCACGAUCUCUUAUAUUCCACUCCACUGUUGGCAUGAUGUAUCUGCUGCUCCUUGUCUCCAAUAGCUUGUCUUCUGUCAAAACACUCCAGUGGCUGUUGAUAUACACUUCCCCAUUAGACCGAUAGCUGUCCUCCCCUGUGCAGCAUGUCAUGAAUGCAGAUCCGUACCCCAUUUGGGCUCAUCACUUUCUCAUCCGUUAAACCACUUCGUCAUUUCUGUUAUUACUUCUGAAUUUCCGUUCAAGGUCCUCUUCCUGUGGUAUACCCUGUGAUCUUUACAAUGGAUGUAUAAAGUGUCUUACCUCAAAUCUGGUUGAUGGGCUGAUUACAUUGUUCAUCAUUUUGAUGAGAAGAUAAGUAAUUACUACUAAUUUAAGGAUAUUUUUGGAGGAAGACUUAUUUAAAAUGUAUGAAGUUAUAUUUAACCCAUGAAAAGUUACUAACUUUCUACUUAUUUAACUGUCAGCAAAAUGGAAAUAGUGGGAAUAAUUAUCAAUGUUUCAAUGGAGCGGCAGGUAGCCUAGUGGUUAGAGCGUUGGACUAGUAACUGAAAGGAUGCAAGAUCGAAUCCCCGAGCUGACAAGGUAAAAAUCUGUUGUUCUGCCCCUGAACAGGCAGUUAACCCACUGUUCCUAGGCCGUCAUUGAAAAUAAGAAUUUGUUCUUAACUGACCUGCCUAGUUAAAUAAAGGUUAAAAUUAUUAUAUAUAUUUUUUAAAUGAGUCUUGUGUUGCCAGUCUUGUAUUAUUCUGGUAUAUGGACGGAAGGACCGUUGCUUAGGUCUGUUUCGGAAGCUGCUACCAUAGAAACUGAGUGUACCGUAUUUAGACCUACAGUCCUCUAUUUAAUGAGCAAUCUAUGUAAUCCAGCCCACACUGAGUUAACUCAAUUAACAGUGUUUGUACUGCCCAUAGAUCCUGCCCUGAGAUACAGUAUUUGUUCUUAUCAUUCACUUGAAUUGAUGUGAGAUUUGUGCAAAUUGGAUCUCAAAUUGGAAUUUGGCCCAUAAUGCUCGAGAUGUUGUUGAAAUUGGAGGUCAACUGAUACAGCCGAUACUAAAAAAAAGAUUUACCAUUGCUCUUAAUUGAGAUAUGUUCUCUAUGUUCUAUUCCAAGUGUCAAAAUGACCUUAAAUUUGUUUGAAAAUAGUUUUUGUGGAUUCUGUUGAAAGGCCUGUUUAAAAGUAAUGUUCUAUAUUGUGUCAUUAGCGAUUAACUGCUUGACAUAAGUAACAACUUAUUUAUUGUCAAACUAUUUGAAUUUUAGGUGUUAAAUUAUCUACGGAAGUCUUUUUGGGAUAUCAUUGUGCCAUAUUAUUUUGUUUAUUUGACUGCAUUACAAAAAUGGCAUAGGCAUAUUUUUUCCAGUUAUGAUUUCAUUAUUUUUGGUUUAAUUACUUGGCUCAACCAAAAAUAAAAGUGAAUUUUUUUUAAAUGUAUUGCAUUGAAAUAUUUAUUCUUACGUUGUUCAAGAGGUCUUGCUGGAAGGUACUGCGACGCAACAGGUCAUUGUGCCACUGAAAUACAUUGUCCUAUAAAUAUGACUUCAUAUUGUGUCAACUUGAAACUACUGUAACUGUAUGAGCUUGGUUGGAUGAGGAAUUCAGGUAAAAACGGUCAGAAGCAUGCAUGUUAAAUGCAUGGUAUUCACCAUUUUGAAGGAGUUGGACAAUUAUUAUAAAAUCGUGUUAAAUUGUAAUCGGUUGUAAAUAAUAUUUUAGAUUUAACCAGUCCCCCGUCUCUCAAUGUAUUUGUUAAUGAUGCUCUCUUUUUAAAAAUUGUAUUAUAUGGUUCUAUUAAUCUGGCAGACAAAGGUCAACACAUGUACAACAUGCUAUUUAUUCUAAAUUCAUUUAACUGCAUCUGUUGAGGUCACUGGUAACCAUGGGCUAAAAAAAAUAGUCUUGUCAGGUUAGAUGCCCCUUGAACUCCUUACAAUCUCUUUUUGUAAAAAGUAAGAAAUUAAUUACAUUGAUGCUCCCCAACUUUUGUAUAAUUUCAGCCACUAGUUUUGAAAGUGGUUUGCCCAAGUUUAACAGGUCCCAGUUUGUGUACUACGUCAUCCAAUUUUGUCAUCCAUUUUGUAUGUUACAUUCUGAUUUUGUAUUUUUUGUUGUAAUUCCUAUAUGUUAUGAAUACAAUAUGUUACAAAAUUUGUGCUUAAGAUCCUGGACUGCAUCUUUUAAAGUAACGUUCCUAAUGAAUUAUACAGACGUGUAGUGUUAUUGAUACUUUUGGUCAUGUAUUGUAUGUGGAAACAUCUCAUUUCAAAAUCAUGGGCAUUAAUAUGGAGUUAGUGUCCCCCCCUUGAGGCUAUAACAGCCUCCACUCUUCUUGGAAGGCUUUCCACUAGAUGUUGGAACCAGUGGUGUAAAGUACUUUCAAGUAUUUUUACUUAAGUUGUUUUUUGGUAUCUACUUUACUAUUUAUAUUUUUGACAACUUUUACUUCACUUACAUUCCUAAAGAAAAUAAUUUACUUUGUACUCGUUACAUUUUGAUUGCUUAGCAGGACAGGAACAUGGUCCAAUUCACACACGUAUCAAUGGAACAUCCCUGGUCAUCCAUACUGCCUCUUGUCUGGCGGACUCGCUAAACACAUGCUUCGUUUGUAAAUUAUGUCUGCAUGUUGUACUGUGACCCUGGCUAUCCGUAAAUUAAAAAAGUAUAUAUAAUAUGCCAUCUGGUUUGCUUAAUAUUAGCAAUUUGAAAUUAUUUAUACUUUUUUUUUUUUUUUUUUACAUUUAAAACCAAGUAAUUUUAGACUUAAGUAAUAUUUUACUGGGUGACUUUUACUUGUAAUUUUCUAUUAAGGUAUCUUUACUUUUACUCUAUGGUAAUUGGGUAAUUUUCCCCACCACUGGUUGGAAUAUUGCUGCCAUUCAGCCACGAGCAUGAGUGCGGUCAGGCACUGAUGUUGGGUGAUUAGGCCUGGCUCGCAGUCAGCGUUCCAAUUUAUCUCAAAGGUGUUUGAAGAGGUUGAGGUCAUAGCUCUGUGCAGGCCAGUCAAGUUCUUCCACACUGAUCUCGACAAACCAUUUCUUUCCACUGCUCCAGACUCCAAUGGUGGUGAGCUUUACACCUCUCCAGCCAAUGCUUAGCAUUGCACAUGGUGAUCUUAGGCUUGUGUGCAGCUGCUCUGCCAUGAAAACCCAUUUCAUGAAGCUCCUGACGAACAGUUAUUGUGCUGAUGUUGCUUCCAGAGGCAGUUUGGAACUCAGUAGUGACUGUUGCAACAGAGGACCCUAUUUUAUUCGCUCUUCAGCACUCAGCGGUCCCUUUCUGUGAGCUUGUGUGGCCUAUAACAUUGCGUUGUUACUCCUAAACAUUUCCACUAAACAACAUCCUAUGACCGUGCCAUGUUGAAAGUCACUGAGCUCUUCAGUAAGGCCAUUCUACUGCCAAUAUGUGUCUAUUGAGAUUGCAUGGCUGUGUGCUUGAUUGUAUACGCCUGUCAGCAAUGGGUGUGGCUGAAAUAUACGAAUCCACUAAUUUGAAGGGGUGUCCACAUACUUUUGUAUAUAUAAUUUUGAUAGGUAACCUUACACUGAUUUUGGUGAAAAUGUUUGGUUUUUCUUUAUUUCAUUUUCCCUGCACAUGUACUCUGAUGCUGGAAUGUUAUAAUUUAUUAAACCCUGGUAUUGGUCCUCUUUUUUUAAAUGUAAUCUUUAGACUAAAAUAGCAUGUAUUAUACCACUGUUGUGCAAAGAAAUAAACUAAAGCAUCCUUAAA